GCGCCCAGCCAACCAGGACGGGCCGUCUGAACGACGUCAGCGCCGGUCGGCCAACCGACGAGGAAAGGCAUCGCAGAGACGGUCAAGCUUCGUGCCACCGAAUCCAUUGUCUCGCGGGCAGACGCAGAAAGAUCUAGCCAUGGAGACGCUUCGGGGUCUCUUCGCCAAGCCAGACCCCCAGGCCCAAUACCGAAAAUGCAACGCACUCCUCCGCCAAAACAUGCGCAAGCUCGACCGCGACAUCGCCCAGAUCAAGGCGACCGAGGUCAAGACCAAGAACCUAAUCAUCGCGGCCAACAAGCGCGCCCAGCGCGGCGACCCCUCCCGGCAGAAGCAGGCCCAACGCGAGGUGCGCGACUUCGCGCGCGAGCUGAUCCGCGCGCGUAAGGCCGGCGCCCGGCUCGUCACGGGCCGCGCCCAGCUGGCCAGCGUGCAGAUGCAGGUCAGCGAGGCGUGGGCGCUGCGGCGCAUCGAGGGUAGCAUCAAGGCUAGCGUGGGCAUCAUGAAGGACGUCAACUCGCUGAUCCGGCUGCCCGAGCUGGCCCAGACGAUGCAGGAGCUGAGCGUCGAGCUGAUGAAGGCCGGCAUCAUCGAGGAGAUGGUCGGCGAGGUGCUGCCCGAGACCGAUAUGCUGGGCGAGGACGAGGAGGAGGCCGAAGGGGAGGUCGAUAAGGUCCUAGGCGAGAUUCUGAAAGAUCGCAUGGAGACUGCUGGGCCGUUGCCAAAUGUCCCGCUGCCGCAGCAGCAGCAGGUGCCCGCGCAACAACAGCCACAGGCGGAGGAAGAGGACGAAGAGGAUACCGAGGCUAUGAUGGAUCAGAUGCGGAAUCGGUUGGAGGCGCUGAGGAGUUAGGCGGCAUUCGCGUGCGAAGGGCGAUACACGGUUAGAGGCAGGAGAGCAGGAUUCGGGGACCCGGGGCAUAGCGGCGUUUAAGGCGUUUGGGUUGUGGCCUGUUGUUGGCAAGUACUUUUUCCGUCUGCAAGUUCCGAUAUUCACGCCUGAUGGUGUACCAGGUUAUGUCAAGACGUGUCAGUGGCUAGAAUGCAGCAGGGUCAUUGCGUAUCAUUCUCGAAGCGUCAAGUGCUGGCAUAUGUGUACAUGAUGAUCUAGAAGAACAUAUUGCUUCUCGU